AUGGCAUCUGGCAGCGGAUCCGGUGGCGCAGAGGCGCCCAUUGAGAACGUUACCCUCCACGCAGAUGAUGAGUUCAUUCGAAGAGCAUCAGUCGCGGUUCACGGCUUCGCGGAGAUUCAAUCAGAUGCACAGGAAGCCACCCGCAAAGAACAUAACAUGACUCUCAAAGAGGCUUUGAGACUCUACCCUAAGGCCGUUGGGUGGUCUAUCCUCCUUUCAACUGCCAUUAUCAUGGAAGGUUACGACGUAGUUCUUCUUUCGUCUUUCUACGCUCUUCCGCAGUUCAAUCAGAAAUACGGGGUCAUUGCUGAUGAUGGCGCUUAUACAAUACCGGCUCCAUGGAAAUCUGGACUCUCAAACGGCGCUCUUUGUGGAGAAAUAUUGGGACUUUUCGCGACUGGUGUUAUCUCAGAGAAAUAUGGCUAUCGUAAAACUAUGAUCGGAGCCCUGUGUAUGAUGACUGCUGUUAUCUUCGUUCCAUUCUUCUCACCAACCCUUCCAGUUCUUCUGUUAGGAGAGAUACUCUGCGGAAUUCCUUGGGGCGCUUUUCAAACUCUCACGACGGCCUACGCUUCCGAAGUCUGUCCUGUUGCUCUCCGAGCCUAUCUUUGUACCUACGUUAACCUAUGCUGGGUCAUGGGACAGUUCAUCGCUUCUGGUGUUGUUCGCGCACUACUCUCAAGAGAGGACCAAUGGGCUUAUCGUAUCCCAUUUGCCAUUCAGUGGAUGUGGCCCAUCCCGAUUUUGAUUGGGUGCAUCUUUGCCCCCGAAUCGCCCUGGUGGCUUGUUCGCAAAGGUCGUAUUGAAGAAGCGAAAGCUCAACUGUUAAGACUUACGACUCGAGGUGAUCAUACUUUCGAUGCAGACAAUACCAUUGCCAUGAUGCAACAUACAGACGAGCUCGAAAAAUCUGUUUCGGAAGGAACCUCAUAUCUCGACUGUUUCCGAGGAUGCGACCUCCGGCGCACCGAGAUUGUUUGCUUGACUUGGGUCGUCCAGGCUCUGUGUGGUUCUACUUUUAUGGGGUAUUCAACCUAUUUCUACCAACAAGCAGGGCUUCCAACCGAAUCCGCCUUUAACUUAUCGAUGGCCCAAUAUGCCCUGGGUGCAAUUGGCACACUUGGAUCUUGGUUUCUGAUGUCACGCGCUGGCCGCCGCUCUAUUUACCUCAAAGGAGCCGCUAGUCUCUUGGUACUUCUCAUGAUCAUCGGUCUAGCAUCAAUCGCACCAUCAAGCAACAAAGCCUCUCGCUGGGCAAUUGGCUCUAUGCUCCUCAUCUUUACGCUGGUAUACGAUCUAACGGUCGGACCUGUUUGUUAUGCUCUAGUCGCUGAACUGUCAUCUACUCGUCUGAAAUCAAAGACCAUCGUUCUGGCCCGGAAUCUUUACAACAUCGGCGGCAUCGUAGUCAACAUCCUCACCACAUAUCAGCUCACACCAACUCCAUCUGGCUGGGGUUGGGGUGCCAAAAGCGCGUUCUUCUGGGCUGGCAGUUGCGCUCUUUGCGUUGUUUGGAUCUACUUUCGACUUCCCGAGCCGAAAGGCAGGACGUAUGCUGAGAUAGACAUCCUCUUUGAGCAUAAGAUCUCCGCACGCAAUUUCAAGGAUACGAAGCUUGAUAUUUUUAGAGGCGAGAAUGUCGUUGCUGUUCCUGAGGAUGUGGGCGAGAAGGAUGCUGGUGCUCACCCGUUUGCUACGAUUGGGGAGUUUAAGAAGUUGACGAGUCGUGCGCGAUGA